AUGACCCUCGAAGCCAUUGCUCAAACGGAGAAAAUGGUUGUGGUCAAGGCGGAUAGCGGAGAUUGCUUGCAAAGGUCUCCCGCCCCUAUGUCUCCGGAUUCAGGUCUGGAUCAGCAGGAUAAUGGGUCACUGGUUCCUGUGACGCCAAAUAGUUCCUCAAGUAAUGACCACCCACCAUUUCUGGGAUCCCCUUCAUCCCAGCAGUUGUCGCCUACCAGCACUGGCAGUGGUUGCGAUUCAAAUGACCCUGGAAAGAUGUUUAUCGGUGGUCUGAAUCCUCUUACCACUCCCGAAAACCUCAGGCAUUACUUUCGGAGUUUCGGUGAGAUCAAGGAAUGCAUAAUAAUGCGAGAUCCUUUGACGAAGCGUUCCAGGGGUUUUGGAUUUGUAACAUUCUCCGACCCCUCUACUGUGGAGAAGGUGCUCGAGACAGGACCUCACUUCCUCGACUCGAAAAAGAUCGACCCAAAACUGGCUGUCCCGCGAAAGCCCUCACAAAAUUUCAAGACCGUGGCCAAGACAAGGAAAGUUUUCAUCGGUGGAGUGGCCACCAGUACUACGAACGAGGAAUUGAGGGACUACUUCUGGCAAUUUGGCAAGAUCGAAGCCUGCGAGCUAAUGAUCGACAAAACAACAAACAGGCACAGAGGCUUUGGAUUUGUGACCUUUGAAGAUGAGGACGCAGCCGAAAAAGUUUGUGAUAUGCACUUUCAUGAGCUGCAUAAUAAAAGAGUCGAAGCCAAGCGGGCCUUACCUAAAGAAGUAAUGGGAACCUCAAGUUGUGUGGCUAAGCAGCGUCAAAACUUUCUAAGGAAUCCCUUCGCGUUUCUUCCGACUCACUUUUCACCGGCCAACUACGCCUUCCCUGCGAACGCUGCAGCCGCCAUCAAUCGUCAGCACAACUCUUAUGCCUACCUUCCUGGCUACUACCUAUCCACUGGGGAGUACCCUCUCACCACUCAGCCACUCUCGGUCUUUUUGCCGCAGCCCCCUCUUCUACACACCUAUCCGAGUCUUGUUUCUAUGAACUAA